UGAAAUCAGCUCAACAUGUUCAAGCUUUGCGUUUUCUUCGCCAUCUUGGCCAUAGCUUUUGCCGCCCCCAACCCAAAACCAGGUCUUGCCUAUUCCGCGCCCUUCGUAGCCGCCGCCCCUGCCUACAGCUAUGCCGCUCCAGUAGUUAGCGCACCCGUAGUAAGCUAUGCCGCACCAGCAUACUCUGGAUACGUUGCCCCAUCCGUAUACGGUGGAUACUCCCCCUAUGUUUGGUUCGUUCUUGCUGCCUCCUUGGCUCUCGCCUGUGCAUCUCCAGUUCCCGCUCCAGAAGCCAAACCCGGACCAAAACCAGCUCCAAAACCCCAAUUUAUCGCAUACACAUCACCCCUUGUCGCCGCCCCUGGCGUAGCUUACUCCGCGGCAUACGCCGCCCCUGUGGCUUAUGCUGAUUACGUAUAUACUCCAGAAUACGUCUAUCCAGCUGACUACGUGGCAUAUUCACCUUACACCGCUGUCGUGGUUUAGAAAAGUGUCGAACGAAUCGAAGGAUCAGUUAAUUUAUUAUUUUUAAUGUAAUCGUAUUAAUAAUUGUUUUAUUACAUUAAUAAAUUUAUUUAUUCUUUAA